UGCGGAACGUAGUGGUGUGUGGUUUUGGCGGGAAAUACUCAUCCUCGUCCAGUAUGUCUGUUAUGCGUCGUAGUGAAGCGUUGUCGGUUAGUUCGUGUUGUUGUACGUGUUUUUCAAAAAGUUUGAGUGUUUUAUGAAGAAUAUAACGAAGAAAACAAAAGGAAAUAUACAAUUGUGCAUCGCAGAUAACCUAAAAAAACCUGCCGACGUUGUACGAAUGCCCACGUUGCCUUAAUCAAUAAAAGGCAAUAAAGUAGCUUCAGUUAUCAUUAAAAAUAUAAUUGCUAUAGAAGGAAGUUGCUACAUUUACAAAAAAUGAGCUCGCUACGAAAACUCUACAACAACCCAUUUACAAUCUGCAUAGAGGGAAACAUUGGAAGUGGUAAAACAACGUUUUUGAACCACUUCAAAAAUUUUAACAAUGCUACAGUUUUGCAAGAGCCAGUGGAUUUGUGGCGAAACGUAGCAGGAGUAAAUUUGUUGGAUCUUUUAUACAAAGACCCAAUAAAUUACGCCUUUUUAUUUCAAUCGUAUGCUCAAUUAACUAGAUUGAAAUUACAUACUAUGAGUACACCAUCACCGUAUAAAGUAAUGGAACGAUCCAUAUUUAGUUCAAGAUGUUUCUUAGAAAAUAUGAAGCGUACAAAUAUGAUACGGAAUGUAGAAGUGGAAAUUUUAGAAAAAUGGUAUGAUUGGUGCUUGGAAAACACUAAUGUAAGAACAGACUUAAUAGUCUAUCUAAGAACAACACCAGAAGUGGUGUAUCAAAGAAUGCAGACACGUGGGCGCAAAGAAGAGGACUCUGUAUCAUUAGAUUACUUGAGGCAAAUUCACGAAAUUCACGACGACUGGCUGUGUAGAAAAACUUGGUUUUCUUUACCAGCGCCAGUUAUGAUUAUAGAUGGUGACAAAAGUCUUGAAGAAAUGGUGCCACAAUUUGAAAAAUGCAAAGAUCGGAUACUUAACGGGGAAAAUGAUGACACAUCAAAUACCAGAAUAGCUCUAAAUGUUAAUGCAUAGUGUUUAGUAUAUGGAUAGUAUCCGUUAUGAUUUACCUUCAGAAACUGAAAUGACAUUGUGUUCCGGAAAAGUGGGCUGAUUGUCGUUAAUG